AUGCUGAACACACAAAUGCCGAAAAAUAAAAAGGGGAUCACGAUAGAAGAAGCGAAGCAGAUCUUAAGUGGACAAACCAUUGCCCUGCAGAAAAUCAACUUGGAGAUUCAGGAAUGCAAAUAUGAAAUUUCCGAAUUAAAAUUCGAAUGCGAGAAUUUGGAAAAAGAAAAUGAACAACUUGAUAAAGAUCGCGAGCAUUACGAAGCGAAGGCGGCACAUGUUUUUUCGAGAUUGAGUGACAAAAAAUUACAGAAUAUGUGUAGAUUGAAUCGCGCUUUGAUAGACAUUUAUUGUAAGUUAUUGGAUGUCGCUCCUGGGGAUGGGUAA